GCGCGGCCGCCUGCCCAUCUCCUGCAGCCGGCCCGCCCGGCCCUUGCACGCGGAGGGCCUCGGCGCCGAGGCCAGGGCUCUCAACGGGCUGGGCUGUGGCAGCGGCGUCUACCGACCGGCCCUCGGGGUGCUCCGGGGCUUCUGACCGAGCCCCCGCCGACCGCGCAAGGAGUAGGAUUAGUGUUAAGUUUAGUUCGUAGCUUGGGAGUUAUAAAAAUUGACCGGAGAGCGACAAAAACUAGGUGGAAAGACAAGGCGACCCCAGGACGGCGCAAUGGCCUCUCAUGAGCGACCCCAUCCCCAUGCUCUCCAUCCUCGUCGUGUACAACUACCUGGCGCAAAAGCUCGGGCCCGCCCUCAUGGCCAACAGGAAGCCCUUCCGUCUGAGGAGCACCCUGGUCGUGUACAACACGCUGCAGGUGGUGGCGUCCUGUUACCUCUUCUACCAGGGCGGCAGACUUGGGUGGCUGCGAGACUACAGCUGGCGGUGUCAGCCCGUGGACUACGGCACCAGCCCGCGCGCGCUCGAGAUCGCCGCCGCGUGCUACCUCUACUUCCUGGCCAAGCUGACGGAGCUGCUGGACACGGCCUUCUUCGUGUUGCGCAAGAAGGAGCGCCAGCUCAGCUUCCUCCACCUGUACCACCACACGGUGAUGCCCAUCGUGUCAUGGGGGUGCGUCAAGUACAUGCCCGGCGGCCACGGCACCUUCAUCGGCUUCGUCAACUGCUUCGUGCACAUCGUCAUGUACACCUACUACCUGCUGGCCUCGCUGGGCUACACGAACCUCUGGUGGAAACGUCACGUCACGCGGCUGCAGCUGAUCCAGUUUUGCGCGACUUUCAUCCACUCGGCGCAGCUGUGCUUUUACGACUGCGGCUUCCCCCGUUUCACGCUCGUGCUCACGCUGCCCAACUCGGUGUACUUCUACUACCUGUUCAAGGACUUUUACCAGAAGGCCUACGAGCCGCCGGCGCGAGGUGCGCCGCCCUCGUCCGCGCCUCCGUCCGAGAAGUCCAAGUGCGAUUAGGGAUCGUCCAGAAAGUAUUUCCGCUUUUCUCAGAUUCAUGCGGCAACGGAGGGCAGCUCCGCGCCUGCAAAACGCAGGGUGGGCCGCCCUGCUGUACACGCAUGCACUGUAGGCGAAAUAUUGCCUACCUAUCAGGCAAUAUGAGAGCUUGCAGAGGCGAAACUUGGCCGGUUCGUAAAGGUGAAUAACGGACGUACUUUCUGGAUGAUCUCUUGGUAGUGGCGUUGUCGGCCUAUUCUCCUCCAAGCUCCGUCCUCAGAAUGGAUGUGGCCCACAAUCAUUCACUUUCUUU